AUGGCCCAUCUCACGCACCUCUUCGCAGCGCUAUACGUCCUGUACUCUCUCACAAUAAGCUCUGCCUGGACCUUUACUUGGAGAAAUGCCAGUGACAUCCCCACGGUUGAAGAAGGCAGCGGCGGACGGCCCUGCAAGGCCAUCGACCACGCAAAAGGCAAAUAUUUCGAAUUCGAUUCCGAGAACGAUCUUGUUCGCAUCUACCUGUACGGCCUACCAAAUUGCACAGAUAACCCUAGCGAAAGAUCCGAAACACGGCUCGCGAAGGACUCGAGUGGUCCGCUUCGAGGCUUCGCGGUCAUCGACCUAGCCGGCGCGAAUACGACGAGUGGCGAGCUCGAGCCCUUUCCUGGACCUGAUUGGUUCAAGUCCUCUCCUAACAGCCCGAUCGUGACGGCCAUGGGAAAGAGACUGGUGGAGGAAAACUGUGGGAAGUACAGCUCGGGUCCGGGGCCGCAAUGGACUGACGCGGACCGGAGGUCCUAUCAGUGUUGGCAAGAGAAGCUGGGUUACAGCGGUGACGAUGCCGAUGGAUGGCCCGGAAAGACGAGUUGGGAUCAGCUGAAGGUACCGGCGACGGAAAAUACUGGACCUUCUCCUUCUACAACCACAGAGACACCGUCGAGCACGGGCAUGAGUACCGGAACACCCACGACUUCGCCCACGGGUACCUCUGCCCCUGCUGUGAAUGACUCCUCGAGGUCGUCACUGGGCGGAGGGGAGAUCGCUGGGAUAGUGGUGGGUUCUGCAGUCGGGGUGGGACUUAUCGGGGCGAUCGUUUAUCUCGCACGACGGAUAGGCUGGCAGUCUAAAUCGGUGUCUACAGAACCACCAGCGACAUCAGGGCAGCCAGGAGGUGGUGCUGGUGCUGGUGCUGGUGGUGGAGAUUAUCAGCUCCUUGGGACUGCAGGAGCGGGGGAUUCGAAGAAAACGUCGAUGGAGAAGCUGCCUACUGAGGCUGAGACUAUUCCAGCAAGGAGCCAAAGGAGUCACUUUGCCGAGCUGCCAGGAGACUCGAUGGCAGCUGAGUUGAGUGACAGUCGGAGGAUUAAUGAAAUGAGUGAUGGUCAGAGGCUCAUUGAGUUGGGAGAUGGCUCCCAUAGGAUGGCAUGA